AUGAGCGAAUUUCCCCUUCGCUUUAAAACAUCUUCAAACAUCUUUCUCAAAAUGUCCACAGCAAGCGAACCAAAAGAAAUACCCAAGCUGGCUUCGCCUCAGAGCCAGUAUGGCUUCAGUGGUGUCAACUGGUCCAACUAUAUCAAAUUCCGCCCCAUCUACCCAACCUCCUUUUUCCAAAAUAUCUUCGCCUACCACGCACAAAAGAAAACAGCAGCCUGGUCCACGGCUCAUGAUGUCGGUGCUGGCUGCGGUGUCAUAUCUGCAAGUCUGGCACCUCACUUCAACAAUGUGGUUGUGUCAGAUCCCAACGAAGGAUAUGCCACGCUAGCUCGCAAGAUCUUGGUCGAGGAAUCCCGCCUUCCAGAAUCUAAAUUGAGAUUCCUGCGAGAGAGUGCCGAAGACAGCUCUGUUGAUUCUGCUUCCGUCGAUCUGAUCACGGCCUGCGAGUGUAUACAUUGGACGAGACCGGAAGUUGCGAUCAAGGGCUUCGCUCGCCAACUUCGUCCUGGAGGUACACUAGUCAUCUCCCUUUAUACUCGGCCAUGCAUUGUGGAUAAUGAGCGGGCUCAACGGGCUUGGAUGGCGGUUUUCAAGUUCUAUGCUGGGCGAGUAAAGAAUCCACUGUUGGAUCAUGCGCUUCGGAUCUUGAAUUCGGGAACUGAAGCCUGGGAAUUCCCGGAAGAAGAUUGGGACUCUGUGGAGAGACUGUAUCUCAACGCGGGAGGGAGUGUAGAUGCGUUCAGACUCAAUGAUCUUGCUGUUGAAAGUAAGGUUAAAGAGGGGGAGAAGACGAUUUGGAAAGAAAAUGUCCAAGAAUGGAUGGAUGAGCAGGAUAUGAACUGGUUCAGGGGAUAUGCAGCCACUUGGUCGAAGCCCGAUGUGGCAGACGAUGAGGUUCAACCUCUCUGGGACGAGAUGGAACAGGCGCUUGAUGGAAAGAAAGCAAGGAUUGCGACGCCAGUUGCUUUGGCCUUUGCUACUAGGAGAUCUUAA